AGUUUAUUUUGAGUAUAGCUCUACAGUACCAGAACAACUUUAAUAAAUAGAAGGGAAAGUUCCUGCACUUAAAAAAAAAUGAUCAACGCCACCGUUGCGAUUGCAGAAUUGGACACGAAUGUUUCGGAGCUGCUGUCGGGUCUCUCUCUCAGCCGCAACCACAGUGCGCUCCGGCUGGAGUCCAAGUCUCUGGUUACGUCAGCCACAAUGUUUGCUGUAGGAGUCCUGGGGAACCUCAUCGCCAUAGUUGUGCUGUGUAUCUCCAAAAAGGAGCAGAAGGAAACCACUUUCUACACUCUGGUCUGCGGGAUGGCCAUCACGGAUCUGUUGGGCACAUGUUUCACUAGCCCGGUGGUGAUUGCCACAUACGUGGCCAGCCAAUGGCCGGGAGGCGCACUGCUUUGCCACUUCUUCUCCUUUUCCAUGCUGUUCUUUGGCUCAGCCGGGAUGUCCAUCCUGUGUGCAAUGGCUGUGGAGCGAUACUUGGCCAUAAACCAUGCGUAUUUUUACUCCCAGCACAUAGACCGGACAAUGGCGCGCUUCGCGCUCCUAGUCACCUACCUGACUAACAUUGUACUGUGCAUUAUGCCCAGUUUUGGCUUUGGGCAGCACGUCAGGCACUUUCCCGGGACUUGGUGCUUUCUGAACUGGAGGGCGAUGGAUCCAGUCGGAGCCUGCUACUCCUUCCUGUACGGCGGUGUGAUGCUCUUGUUGAUCGCAGUGACAGUUCUGUGUAACGUGGCUGUGUGCAGGUCGCUGGUGGGGAUGAACCAGAGGACAGGAAUAGUGAGGACUGAGUUGUCUGAGACGGGAGGCUCACGUCGCCGCUUCCCCCGGCUACCUUCGGUCACUUCAGCCGCGGAGAUCCAAAUGUUCUGGCUUCUGAUCUUCAUGACUAUCGUUUUCCUGGUCUGCUCCAUCCCUUUAGUGGUGCGAAUCUUCGUUAACCAGCUCUAUGACCCUGCCUAUAUUUCUGCUGGGGGCAAGCCUGAUUACCGGAGCGACCUGGUGGCAAUCCGCUUCGCUUCAUUCAACCCUAUAUUAGACCCCUGGGUGUACAUUUUGUGCCGGAAGAACCUGCUGCAAAAGGGUUGCGAGAAGCUGAAGAGGACAGUGGCCCGAGUUAAUGACGGUCGUAGUGACAACAUUGGCUGGGUAGGAGGUCAACACUCCCCUCCGUCUUUAAACAGCUGCACCAGUUACGCGUCAAUACGCACAGACAGUUACAGGAACGACGUGGAACACCCGGUGUCCAUCAAGAAUAAGUCCUUCACAGACUUCGCGCUGAGACAAGCGUGGGAUUACGACACCGCCCGGGUCAACUUUCAUCCGUUCAGCGUCGACUCGAACGCGAUCCUCGGCUGUGAGGAGGAAACAGUAGUUGUGUCCAAACAGGAAGCGGCGACGAACGCGUCCCCAGCGCCGCUCCUCUCCUCUCACGUUAGAAAGGUGGACAUUGUCACCUGCACGUUCAGCACUCCAAGCUCCUGCCAGUCAGCAAAAUGCCUUUGACGGACAAUUUAGAAAUAUCACCAAGUCUGGAAGCUGCACAGCAAUCUGGCAGGCCCACUUGAUCUAAUAUAAGACUUCUGCUGAAAGACAUUAGAUGACGUCUGUAGAGAUACUUUCCAAAUGUGGAAAUGUACACACUUAAGAUCAUACCCUAUGGGUACCAAUAAAGGGUGUGAUAUUCUGAGAGUCUACUGUAUGAAUCCAUGUGCCAAUUGCUAUUUGUGUUAAUCUACUGCGCUGUUGUUGCACUGUGUUUCACACUGCUAAUGCAUACAUUUACAUGCUGCCAAUUUACUCUGUGGCAUUUUACAGUGGUGCAAGACGCAGGACAAACUGACCGUAGACUUUUCAACCUUGUUAAAUCUUGUUUUAUAUCGCACAUUUGCAUAUAUUGUUUUGAUAGUUGUA